AUGGCCAGUGGGUACCAGCUGUGGGCACCCUGGUCCCCAUUGGAUGAAUCCCUGCGAUGGCUGCGGGGCGCUGUGCCCAGACCCAGCAGCACUAAACACCCUUUCCGGGGAGGACAGAGCCCAGCCACUGCCACUGACCUGGAAGUGCAACUUUGCUUCCAGGGGCUCAGUCUGGUGCUAGAGUCUAGUGCUAAGACUGGAACGAGGCAGCCGCUAGCCUCCAGAAUGGCAGGAGAGACCAGGGGAUGCAAUGGGGCUGUGCACAAACCACAGGCGGUGAGGCUUAUAGGACUCGACUCAGUCUUCGGGCAUCUUGUGACCGCACAGCCUCCCCACUGGACUGGCUCAUUGAGGGUCUCGGAGCGUUCAGCCUUCUGUCAAGUGAUAAGUCCCCAGCAACGCAGACCUCAUGGCCUCCGGGAACCACAGGUGCACAUGGCUAUGGCCAUGUGCCGACAAAUGCUGCGGGCCAUUCUCUUGCUCUAUGCUGCCUACAAAAAAUGUGCCUUUGCCUUGCAACAUUCCCGCUAG